UAUCAGUAGCGAUAAAACUGUAUACUUGGUGUCUGUUCGUAUUAUUUUAAUACGACCAUUACUGUAAACGAGACGCUUAUUGCGACACCUAAAAUGAAUAACAGAGACGACAAUAUAAAAGUGUAUACAAUCAGCAAUAGAUUUGAUGCUACAAAACAUGAGAACAACGUCGAUAAGCCUGAAGAGAAAGCCGAUCAGGGAGAUAAACUAGCUAAAGCUAUUGGGAGUUUUGGGACGUGGCAAAUUCUUAUAUUUUUGUUAGCGACGGUGCCGUCGAAGAUAUCAGGUAUAUGGGCCCAGUUAAGCAUCAUAUAUUUGGCGCCGAAGACCACCUUCGUGUGUGUAGACCGAGGGAACACUACAGCUGACAUCCAGAAUUCUACAUGCUAUGAGGAUUGCGUGGAAUAUGAAUAUUUCUCAAUAUUUGAGAGCAGUAUUAUCUCCGAGUGGGGCUUAAUUUGCGAGAAGGCUUGGCUCGCAAAUUUUACACAGACCAUGUAUAUGUUUGGUGUACUAGUUGGUAGUAUAGUGUUUGGAUUUAUUGCGGAUCGAUAUGGCCGACGUCCAGGCAUAACCAUUGCUGGUCUUCUACAAUUAUGCUGUAGCGCUGCUGUACCGUUCUGCCCCAACUAUUGGACCUUCACUGCCAUCAGAUUCAUCCUGGGCACCGCCACAGCAGGCAUUCUGGUCAUAUCCUUCGUGAUUGUAGUCGAGAUAGUUGGACCCAGUAAGAGGGAGCUGGUGGCCUCCCUCUACCACAUACCGUUAUCGAUUGGAGAAAUGCUAAUGCCACUUUUUGCGUACUAUUUGAGGAGGUGGAAUAUAUACAGUAUUGGAUUGGCUAUACCCCAUUGUAUAUUCUUAACGUAUAUAUUUUUGAUGCCAGAAUCACCCAAAUGGUUGAUAUCUGUAGGAAGAUACGAUGAAGCAAGUGAAACGAUGAUAAAAGCUGCUGCAAGAAAUAAAUUACCAACGGAAGGCAUGAGAAACGUAGUUGAUUCUAUAAACCAUGAAUGUAAUGUGGAUCGAGCUAGAAGGGAAGAGGAGAAAGCAUCUUAUUGGGAUUUGGUUAGGCUGCCAUCAUUGAGGAUGAAGAACAUUUACUCCUGUGUUGCCUGGUUCAUCUUGGGAGUGAGCUUCUACGGCGGCACUCAGUAUGUAGGACAGACCAGUUCUGAUCCAUUUCUUAGUGUAGUUCUCGCAGCGGCAUUCCAGGUCCCAGGAAUAGCAUUCAGUGGUUAUUUUUAUAAGAAAUUCGGAAGACGCAAUACCUCAAUCGCCUUCUUCACCAUUUGCGCUAUCAGUAACGCCAUACUCGCAUUGCCUGAGAGCUGGCAUUACGUGAAACUAGUCUCUGGUGCUAUAGCUGCCGCCUGCGCCGCUGGUGCUUUUAGUACUAUGUAUAUAUUUACAUCGGAAUUAUUUCCAACUGUGGCGCGGAACAUGGCUAUUGGUGCAUCUUCCACGUGUUCCAGACUGGGAUCUAUGAUAGCACCAUUCAUUGCUGGUUACAAAGGAGCCCUCUGGCUUCCACCGACCAUCUUCAGCCUCGUCCCCCUUCUAGCAGUACUAGCAUGUUUAUGUCUUCCGGAAACUAAGGGCAAGAAACUGGCAGACCAUUUAGAUGAAUGCUAGCCUCUGUUCUAAAAUGACUGGGUAUUCCAUCACAGGGACUAGAUUCUAAUAUUUAUCUAUAGUUUAAAUUGAUUUUCGAAGCGGAGGGUCUCAAAUCGACGGUAUUUUUUUUACUAAUCCUUAUACACAUGACUUCGCUAGUAAUGGAGCGUACCUAAUGUCUUCACGGUUUUACGUAUUGCGUCAUUGGCUCAUUAUUUCCGAACGACAGAAUAAAGAAAUAUUUGUGUUCACAAUAUCAAUAAGUGUUACGUAGCUUUAUAUAUAUAUAUUAGUCA